AUGGCUCAAAAUUUCAUCGAAACAUUUCUUAAAUCAACUGAUGAACAACGUAUCUCAAUGUAUCCGCAGUUAUUCCCUUCGUUGAAGGGAUGUGGAUUUGGAUCAGUUGGGAAUAUUGUGGAGCUUAGUAUUGAGGAUUGUACACUGGAGGAGAAACUGGCAGUUGAAGCGUUGAAUUUUUUGAACGUACUGCUCAGUGAUAGUGAAGUGAACAAUGAUAUGAGAUUACGCAAAGCCGUAUUGGAUGGAGCACAAAAAGCACUGAAUUCAGAAACAACACGUGCAAUAUUCGUUGCGGGGAAGCAACCAGAAUGGAAAGUGGAUAGCAUUCUGAAAGUUUGGAGUGUUCUUUUUCAAGCAUUUCUUAAGGCUGUUGCACCUCGUGGACAUGUGGAAACUGUCAUGGGCAAGAAUAUUAAAGAGCAUCGAGUUGUACUGAAUCUAUUCUGCCCUCCACUGCGGGCAGCUAUCGUAUCAACGGAUCAGUACGUUGCUCAGGUUGCAUUAAGUGUAUGGCGAUCGCUAACUGAGACUUUGCUCGAUUCAGUUGCACACUCCACAAAAACCGUUUGCAAUGAAGCGAAUCUUAUUGUCAUAUUGGAGUUCUUAUUGAAACCACUCAAAUACCUUCCCGAUUCGUAUACAACAAUGAAGUUCGAAAUUUGGUUGCACCUGGCCAUUGCUCUAAGUCAGUGUUCGUCAUAUUCAUUCACUCGAACCACCUUCGAAUUGGUAUUGAUGGGUUUGAUGCGGAUGUCAAUAGGAGGAUCGCUUAAAACAGUCGAGUCAGAGUCAGUUAAGGAUUCGUUGAUUUGUGAAGCGGUGAGCAGCGAUAGUGUAAUGGUGGUUGAAAAAUGCAUAUCGCGAUGUGCACAAGGGUGGAUGGAGCGAAGAAUGAAUCGACACGAUUGUUUGGUCGAAAAAGGAAUCUUACUCAUUGCAUCACUUCUCGACGUUGAAAUUCCUGAUAAUCCAUUCGAAUCACUGUCCUCAGCACAAAUGCAUUUUAUACCAUCAUUGUUGAUCUCAGCUUGCAUUCGAGUGUAUUCGUUCUGUUUGGCAAAAAACUCGGAAGCAUUAGCAAGAGUGCAUUUACAACUCGAGAGUGUUUGGGCGGCACUCACCGGUGCAAUUGUGUUGAAGCACAGCGAUACAUCAGAGCGAACUUCGCACUUACGACAUGUGAUAAGCAGUUAUAUCGCGUGGAUUAGUGAAUGUCAACUACCGAAUGAGUCUAUCAUUAGGUCAUAUUCGUUGUUGUGCAAUAGAGCACAUUUCCUGAAUCUGUCACCCGGUUUCACAGUGUCCGAUGUGUUCGUGGCACUCUUUCGCAAAGUUUCUUUCAACGUGAACUCGACUCUACUGCGACAAAUAAGUGAAUUGACUAUAUCGAAACUGAUGGCAUGCAAGAGUGUUAUUCGCCUCGAUCUCUUCAGAUGUAUCAUUUUCGGAUGUCUACCGCAGAAUCCAGCUGAAAAGCAUAAUUGUAACGCAAUUCCGGUCCUAUGGGACGCUCUCGCGAAAGCCCUCAUCACUCACAUUAGCGAGACUGAAGAACUGAAUGAAGGAACAUCGAGGAAUGUUGACUAUAGCACUGUUGAUCGAAUACUGCUGUGCCCUGUGGAUGCGCACUGCUGCAGUGGACAUUUCUUGAGAAAUAAUUCAAGCGCUCAAUUCCAAAGCACAUGGCAAACGUUAUAUUCGAGUGUGCAGACAAUUCGUGCACGAGAAAUAAACUCCAAUUGCUUCUCGUACGCUCUGAAAACAUUUCACAAAUUGAUUGAAAUCUCUGCUCAAAUUCAACAGUUCCCCGAUGAGAACCGUCGAAGAGAGAGUUGCGCUAUGGUGUCGCAUAUACUGCUAGCGGUCGUGGAGAAAUUUCCAUUCAGUGCACUCGGUGUAUCUAUUUUCGAAGCUGGCACUGGCGAUCCAAUUGAAGUGUUGUGUAAGGCGAUCUCGGCGUUCGGUGAUUCCCUUCUGAACGUGAUCGAUUCAAAAGGUUUCGAUGGCCUGAACGCAAGUGAAUUGGAUGACCAUUGCGCGUCGAUUGACCAUCUUCUGGUGGCACUGAACUGCGCAUUCAGCGCUCUCGCACCGACCCUCUAUCACGUUACGAUAGUGACGAAUCUCGCUCCGUUCCUUGCACACCUCAUUCAGAUCUCUACCGAUUGUCGGUUCGAAGCAAUAUUCAAGCGUUCAGGCGUGAAGGUUCAUCGUUUACUGAAGAUCAGUUUCAAGUCGAUCAAAGAGCACUACUCAGGUCCGUACUGUUCUGAGAUGCUCUCCAAGUUCGAGCCACUCUUCAUUAGUGCACUGGGGUGUGCGAAUUACAGUAUUCGAUCGUGUGUCGUCACUUUUUGGCGAGAAACAUUUGCGAACACAUCGCAACUUCACGGUUCAUCGCAGAUGAGAGAAGCGCUCAUGUCAGUGAAGUCUAGACAGCGUCUAACGUUGCCAAUCGUUUCGCAUGACAACAAUACUUUCACUUGUAAUAACCAAGACUCAACUGUAUCUCAUCCAUUCAAUCAAGCACCUCACAGUAACAAUAACUCCACUAAUAAUCUAUCUCAGUCUCAGGAGAAUGUGCCAAUCGCUACACCGUUAACUCCGAUAAGACACGAUGAGAAUGCCGAACGCAAAACGCCAGUCAGAUCGUCGUCUCGUAAAAAGCGCUGUUUAGAUGCGGUCAAUGACGAGAGUCAGUUCGAAGUCAUUGAGCCACACACACCAACUCGAAAAAUGCGGCUUACUGAACGUCAGAAAGAGAAACUUAGUGAGAAGAGUUCGUCGUUAUCCUCACUCAAUUCGCAGCAGAAUCCUCAAUCGCAGUCCCAGUCUACGCAACCGAUCAGUGGAAAUAGCGAUAGAGCUGAGAAAAAGGUUGAUGAAGAAGGCAAAGAUGGUUUCGUGACUAGUGAAAUAAUGGAAGAAACUCCACCGCGAGAACUAGCGCAAUCGCCCAACAAAACAGCUCAGCGUUUGUGCAGAAAUGCAGACAUACGCAACUAUCUGUCACCGUCUGGUGCAGUGCAGAAGAGUCCACAGAAGAGUAAAGGCGAUACAUCUGCAUCGUCAAAUGCGCCCAAACGGCGAUCUUCAACUCGUCUUCGAGUGAGAGGUCUUAGUCAGCAAAAGAAAAAAGAAACUGAUGACGAUGAUGAUGAAAGACAGGAAUUAGUGGACUCAAUUGAAAUAUUCUCACAAUCCGAUCCUCCUCCCUCUCAAGAGCAACACCAAACAUGUUCGUCUGCUGAGCCAGACUUGAACUUGUUGAUAACAGAUACUGAUGAUGACGGUAGUGAUGACGGAUUUGUUGAUAAGACGGAUGAAAGUGGAAUGGGAGUGGUACGUGUUUCACCAACUGAACGCACCGUGUUCGGUACAUUGGAAGCGGAGAGUCCAGAGCCUGAUCAAAACGAUGUUAUAACAACACCACCACCCAACAUCCCGAACAAUCAACCGGUCACUGAAGCACCACAUUCUCAGCAAUCUGUUACCGUUGUGCGCAGAGUUCAUUUUGAUGUAUCGCAAAUUGAUGGUGAACCAGAAACAGAGGCAACUCGCAGUAGCAGCAGAAGACGUUUUCGACGACGUCCUGCCGCAUCUUUAUUCCAUACUGCUCAGGAGAAAGCUUCCUCUCAACAAGCACCCUCAAAUGUGUCAUCGCCAUCUCCUUCACGAGGUUUGUCGUUGCCAACCAACGGUACUGUAUGCACCACCAAAGCUGCGAUCUUUCCAGCGUUGAUGGACUGCUCUGAUCCUAUUCCACCGCAAAUGUUCUUCAAGCUUGGCGGACCUUGCGGUUUUCAAGUACGAAACGCUUUCAAAGCGCUUGGUAUCUCGACGAUUGGCGAUUUGGCGCGACUGAAUGAAGGUGAAACUCAUUUGUUGUCUGUUCGAAAGCCGCAAUCCGGUACAAUUCGAUCAGCGUUACAGGAUUACUUCGCAUCGUCAUCUUCGUCCCAAACAACUGCUGUUGAUGAUUGGAAAAUCACUGAUGGUAUAAGUGAAACGGUGGUUGGAAAAGAGGUGGACGAUAGUGACGAACGGAAGCCUUUCCAGCUAUCUGCAGAAACACUCAAAAUGGUCGAACCGAUCAUCCUUUGUGGCGAAUCUUCGGAAGCAGUUGGCGACUCCAAUCUAGGUGAUCAUCAGUCACCAACAGAUGAGACUGAAUCAAGCAGCGAAUCGACUGAAAACGCAUCCGCCGAAAUUCUAUCGUCUCAAGAAGAUUUGCAGCAGCAAACUGCGCAAGAAGAAUCGCAAAGAAGACUCGAGAUUUUGUCCGAACUCGUAAUGCUUAAUGCUGGGCAUGAUUGUUCCGUUCCAUCAAAAGCUGUUCAAAGCAUCGAGGAAGAUGAUGAUGAUCUUCAAUUGAUCAAUAUAGAAGAGUUGGAAGGUGCAAUCAGCAAAGAGCAACUGGCAAAUGAACGCCCGAUCGAGAAUGAUUCCACUGAAAAUGCUCAAUUGAGAACGCAGUCGCCGCCAGCGAGUGACACUCCUAAACAGUCCGGUGAACACCAAGAACAGCAGUCAAAAUCGUUGCUUUUGACUGCUCUUCGAAACAGAAAUGAAGACGAUACAGAAAUACAAGUGUCGUUGGAUGAUAGCAGUAAUUUCCUAGCAUCCAAUGAGGGCAUUAGUCAAGUUGGCGAUAGUAAUGUUGAGGUGGGUAGCGGGGAAAAUGUUUUGAGUAGAGCGAUUACGAGAGAUGAUGAAUUGGUGCAGAGGGAAGAUUUGGAAAAGAAAAGCGAUUCAUUGAAAAAUGAAACUGAAAAGUGUGUCGAAAAGGAGACAAAGACCCAGCAAAGUGAGGAGAUUAGUGCAGAGAUACUGCUGUCUGAUCAACAAAAUAGGCCAUCUGUUUCAUCUGCAAACGCAAAUCUCAAUGAGACUCCAAAGAAUCAGCCAAUUCAAACAAGCAAUGAUAUUGGCGACAGUGCAAACAGUGCUAUUCAAGAGAAUACAGAUCAAACUGUUGCUACUGGUCUAGGUGAAGGUGGUGAGAAUGUAUCGCAAUUGGCCACAACAUCUGGACAGCAAGUUCCAGUCUCUAAGCAGCAAGAUGUAUGGAAUGAAGCAUGGCAAGCAUUUGAACAGAUAUCAGCUCUCAUCCAACGUCCAUCUGACCCAUUGACCUCAACUAAACCCUCUUCCGAACAGCUGUUCGCUAUCAACAAAAAGCUCUCACUCGCUCAAACUUUGCUUCUGGCCAAGAAAGCCGAACUGGACAGACUCUUAUUUGAUGGGUAUUAUCCGCAGAAGUAA